UCAUCAUCUUCCUUCUUCCCUUUCUAGAGCAUUAUUUUCACUCCCCCAUCGAAAAAUGGCAGAAGGUGUUCUCUUCAGCAUCGCUGAGGGAAUCGUCCGGAAUUUGACGUCGGAGGCUGUAGCGAAGCUCGGAGUGCCAUGGGGUGUUAAAGAUGAGCUCGGGAAGCUCAAGAACGUAGUUUCAACACUCAAAGCUGUGCUUCUGGAUGCUGAGGAGCUGCAGGCUGGGAGCCAUGAAGUUAAAGAUUGGCUUGAAAACGUAUAUGAUGCUAUUUAUGAUGCGGACGACUUGCUGGAUGACUUCUCCACGGAAUCUCUACGGCAAGAAAUCAUGGCGCGUGGUAAGCAAGCAAAAAAGGUGCGCGUCUUGUUUUCCAAAUCAAACCAGCUUUUUUAUGCUCUUAAAAUGGGCCGUAAGAUUAAGGAAAUUAGAGAGAAGUUAGCUUCCUAUGAAGCCAAUAGGAGAUUCUCCUUGGAGGUGCGCCAUGGAGAGACUCCACUCAGGAACAGGGAGAGGGAUAAUACCCAUUCUUUUGUACGUGCAGAAGAAGUUAUUGGUAGAGAGGAUGAUAAAAAGGCAGUUAUAGAACGACUGAUGGAGUCCAACGUUGAAGAGAAUGUCUCAAUCCUUCCCAUUGUCGGAAUUGGAGGGUUAGGAAAGACUACACUAGCUCAACUCAUAUUUAAUGAUGAGAAAAUCGGACAGCAUUUUCAGCUAAAAAUGUGGGUGUGUGUCUCUGAUAUUUUCCAUGUUAAAAGUAUUGUCGAAAAAAUCUUAGAAUCUGCCACAAACACAAAACAACAAACUCUUGAAAUGAAUACACUGAUAAAUUAUCUUGGAAAAGAAAUUGAUGGAAAGAAAUACUUACUUGUGUUGGAUGAUGUCUGGAAUGAGGAUCACGAAAAAUGGCUUGGCUUGAAAAAACUGUUGAUGGGUGGUGAAAGAGGCAGUAGAAUAUUAGUAACUACACGUAGUGAAAAGGUUGCAAGGAUUACCCACACAGUUAAACCAUAUUUUUUAAGGGGUUUAGACGAACAUGCGUCAUGGUCGUUAUUUAAGCAGAUGGCAUUUGAGAAAGGACAAAAGCCGGAGAAUUCAAGCAUCGUGGCAAUCGGGAGGGAGAUCCUAGAAAAGUGUUCGGGUGUCCCUCUUGCCAUAAGGACAAUUGGACGCCUACUGUACUCUAAAACUACAGAAUCAGAGUGGCUGUCUUUCAAGAACAAUAAACUUUCAAAACUGCCUCAAACGGAAACCGACAUCUUACCGACUCUUAAGUUGAGUUAUGAUCAACUUCCAUCACAUUUGAAGCAUUGCUUUGCUUAUUGUAGUUUAUUUCCAAAGGAUUAUGAGAUUGAUAAAUCAACAUUGAUUAAUCUUUGGAUAGCACAAGGGUUUAUCAAGUUAUUGGAUCAAAACCAAUGUUUGGAAGAUGUUGGUCAUGAGUAUUUUAUGGAUUUACUUUGGAGAUCAUUCUUUCAAGAAGCUAAAAUGGAUGAGUUCGGUAAUGUAACCCGAUGCAAAAUACAUUACCUCAUGCAUGACCUUGCUAUAUCAGUGGCGGGAUCACAGAUCACCACAUUGGAUUAUAAGGAGAAAAACAUUGAUGAAAAAACUCGUCAUGUAUCAGUUGCUUAUGAUAUAGAUUUUUCCGUUGUAAUUCCCACUUCAUUGUGUAAAGCAAGUAGGAUACGAACAUUGCUUUGUCUUAAUGACAACUAUCCUAUGGAAACGUUUGAUUGUGAUAAAAUUUUUUCAAGUUUCAAGUUUUUGCGGAUGUUGGAUUUGCGUGGAAGAGGGUAUGAUUCUGUGCCUAGCUCUAUUUGUAAGUUGAAGCAUUUAAGAUGUCUUGAUCUUUCUAGUAACAAAAAACUCAAGAAGCUACCUGAUUCUAUAACUACGUUGCAAAAUUUGCAAAUACUAAGACUCUCCCAUUGUAAGUCGCUUGAAGAACUACCGAGAGCUAUUAAGAAAUUAGGCAACCUCAGGCAUCUUGAGAUAGAUGAAUGUAAUGCUUUGACUUAUAUGCCAUGUGGAUUGGGGCAACUAACUAAUCUUCAGACAUUAUCAAAAUUUGUGGUCUACCCAGGUUCUCUCUCCAGGCAUAGUGGUGAGUUAACCGAACUAAACAAGUUAAAUAACUUGAGAGGAAAGUUAGAGAUUGGGGAUUUGAGACAUGGGAAAGAUGUUGCGUCAGAACAUCAGGCUGCAAAUUUAAAGGAGAAAAAACAUCUUCAUGCUUUGGAUUUAUGCUGGAGUACCCAAGGAGAUGUCAAUGAUUCAGACGUUGUUGAUGAUGAACUAUCAUUGGAAGGCUUCCAACCACACCCAAAUAUGAAAGAGCUUUGGUUAAGAGGUUAUCUCGGUUCAAGGCUUCCGAGUUGGCUUUUCUCACUCACAAAUCUUGUUAGAUUUCAAUUAUGGAGGUGUAAGAAAUGUCAAUAUCUGCCACCAUUGAGUCGACUACCUUCUCUCAAGUAUCUUGCUCUUUGUGAUAUGGAGGCUAUGCAGUACAUAUCAGAUAACAAUGAGUUGUCUUCUUCUUUGUCGGUUCCAGUAGCAUUUUUCCCAUCCCUAAAGGAAAUCCACCUCUAUGCUUGUCCUAAUCUGGAGGGGUGGUGGAGGAAGAGUGAUUCUUUUGUGGCGGUCACUAGUGAUGGUGAUAAUUCCAUUGAAAUAAUAGCAGAAACAUCCUUGACGGAGCAUCGUUUACUCCCUUCAUUUCCUUGUCUUUCAGAAUUAAAGAUAACGGGUUGCCCUAAGUUGACUUCCAUGCCAAUGUUUCCACAUCUUGAUGGACAGUUGGUCUUGUUGAAUGCCAGCUUGAAGCUAGUGCAACAGACAAUGAUGAUGAAUGUGACAACACCAAAAUGCCCUAUAUCAACAGCAGUAGCCUCCUCUACACUUGCUUCCUCUUCCUCCACUCAUCUCUCAAAGUUGAAGCGUAUUGCACUAUAUUUCAUUAUGGAAUUAGAAUCUUUGCAAGAAGAGUGGCUGGAGAACCUCAUUUCUCUUGAAUCUUUGGUGAUAUGGGACUGCCAUAGAUUAAAGUCUCUCUCCCAAGGCAUGCAGCAUCUCACUGCCCUUCAAGACUUGGUUCUUCAUGAUUGUCGUGAGCUUGAUCUAGCCAACGAUGAGGAUGGGAUGCAAUGGCAAGGCCUUAAAAGCCUUCUCUCGCUGGAGUUUACGGAUCUUCCAAAAUUGGUGUCUCUCCCAUUAGGACUUCAACAUUGUACCACUCUACAAAAUCUCGCGAUUUCAAAUUGUGAAAGCUUGAAAGCUAUACCAGAGUGGAUCCACAACUGUACAUCACUUCAAGUGUUCAAAAUUUGGAAAUGUUCUAGUUUGUCAUCAUUGCCUGAAGGAAUGCGUAGCCUAAUGUCUUUGCGAAGGCUAGAAAUUCAGACAUGUCCCAUCUUAUUGCAAAGAUGCGAGAGAGAAAUUGGUGAGGAUUGGCCCAAGAUUGCUCACAUCCCAGAGCUAUACGGGGAUCUCGCUCUGCCUCAGCAGGGAGAAAAUUCAAACACCCAUGCAUCUUUGAGUUCUUCAGUUGCAGAAGUAGUAGCAGAACCAGUUGAAGCACAGAAGAAACAUAAGAUUCAAACCUUAUUCAAAAAUCUAUGCUGAAAUGGGGGGUUAUUCCUUCCGGACAAAGUACCAGAAGAAUGUUGAAGCAUACCACAACAGAGGCAGCAGCAUGAAGCCAAACAUACAUGGUCACCUUCAAAGUCGAGGAAGAAUAGCAUGUAUCAUACUAUCAUAACAGGGGUUCAAGUGACAAACGUGGGAGGAGUUUCCAAAAGAGAUCUUCCUGGCAUCGAGUGCUUAGCAAUAGUGUAAUCUCAGAAACCACUUCUUCUGGAAAUAAGGAGGGCCCAGAAUCUGCUAUUCCUAACCAUAUACCACCAGCCAAGUCUACUGUUCCAGAGAGUGUUGUUAUUGGCAUCCAGGCUGCUACCAAAGGGUUUAUGGUAUUCUUUUUCUCUAUAUUGUAAGAGUCCAAAACUCACUGGUUGGUACCCAUUUCACCUUUUAUUAAAAACUAUUUGCCAAGGUUGGAUAACGCUUUUAAAGUUUAAGAAUGUUGUUAAAUUGCAAGCUGCUGUUUGUGUAACGACCUAGGGAAAAACGUUAGCGACAUCUGUACUGUAACACUAAAAAGACUAGUCAAUUUAGAGUUUCUCUAUAAUCUCUUAUAAAGUCCAGUUUCACUUAGUAGCCAAGUAAUGUAAAACUUAGUAUGCAUGACUAUCUUUAUAAAUCAUUCACUUUAUGUGAACUACUCCUUAUCUUCACCGUGUGGGAUCAGGAUGUUACAAGCCGUGAGCACCUCGAAGUCGUGUUGUGGGAAUGUUACGUUGUGUUCAAACAACUAUGAAAAUGCAAGCUCUUGUUCGUGUCCAUUGUGCCUGGCCGUCUCUAAAAUGGUCAUGUCGAGAAAAGAAGUUAGAUGGGUAGCUUGAGGAGGUUAAUGAGAAUUCAAAAACCUGGGGUAUCCCAAUUUCACUUAUGGGCCAGACAGUAGCUAGGAUCCGCCACACUUUGCAUGUCGGUUGCCAUACACCAGCGUAGAGGCGCGGCUAGGAUAUACCAGACUAAUCUCCUACACCACUCAGAGCAUUGAACGUUGAAUCGCAGGCCUUUGGCCUGGGUGGCUAGCCCCAAAGAGGAGGUAGCACCCAGAAAGAUUUAAACUUGAGAUCAUGAGGGUGCACUCCCCAAGAUCCCAAGCUCUUCAUCAACUGAGCCCCUUGGGGUUCACCUCUCUCUCUCUCUCUAUCUAUUUAUCUAUUUCUCAGACAAACCAUGUGAGAAUUUAGACAAAGUAAAGGAUUAGGAAAUUAUGAUGUCACUGUAUUAAAAUUUUUCGGAUGAGAAUCCACUACAAUUAGACUAUUUAUGGAGCUUGCAUGCUCGAAGGAACUUAGGGUGUUGCGUCCGCCUUCCCGGGACAAGUAGGUCCUUUAACCCCUCUCUCUUAAGGUGCUCAGGGAAACGAUGAAAUUUGGUAAUCUAAUUAUAGUGGAUUUUAAUCCAAUACACAUUACAAGUACUUGCUA